ACGUCGAACCCAAAUAAACACAAAGUAUAUGUGAAUAAUUUUAGUAUAAAAAUUGUGUGUAUCAAGUGCCGAGGGAGUCGCGUGUGUAGCCGAAUAUUUGUCGGUGUUCCGAACGCGAUGAAUGUUCACUAUUUACAGGUUUUGUGAAUAAAUCGUGUAUCGUGCGUAUAAGGACGAAUCGUAGCUCCGUCGCCGCCACUGAAGAUUGCAGGUUGUGAAAAUGUCGCGGUAUCAGAAAAUCGUUUAGGAGAGCAAACGGUCAGGUGUAGGUUGGUAGGUUGCUACGAAGGUUGAGAAGAGAGGUACGCGGAGGGCUGACUGACUGACUGGCUGGCGCUCGGACGCGGUGGCUGGCGAGUGCAGAUCAACUGUACAGUGGUGGCCCCAUGGAAGGCACAUUAGAAGAACCCCCUGUUAAGGACUCAUCUGAGGCCAGUCCUGAUAAGGUUCUCAAAGAUGUUGUGAUACCAAAUGGUGUUAAUGGAAAUUAUAAUGACAAAGAAGAAUUCAUGGACGCAGAUAAUGCAUCUAAUCUUGUGUCAAAUGAAAUUAAUAGUGCAGCUGAAGGGGAUGAGGAUGACGAGGAGGAGGAGGAGGAGGAAGAAGAAGAAAAUGGUGAAGAAGAUGACGAGGACGAACAUAGAAUGGAAGUUGAAAUUGAAGAAGGAGAUAUAGAAUCAGAAGAUAGUGAACAGGAUAGAAUAGAUCCAAGUAGGAGUAAAAAGGAUGAAAUCUCUGACUCAGAGACCGACUCUAAAACAUCCGAACCACCGGAAGGUGUCAGUGAGACGAACAAUUCUAGUGAAGUGUCUAAAACUGAAGAUAAGUGUAAAAUCACAUCUUGUGAGGCUAUGGAUGUUGAUGAACAGAGUAACAACUCUGAUGUGGAAUGUCUCGAUGAAAGCAUAACAGAAAUACAAUUUGAUAAUGACGAUGUGUUCACUUUGAAAAAUUCUACGCUAAAAGAUGACCAAAAUUUAUCAGGUAGUAGUGAUAUACAAAAGAUUAAUGACAGUAGCGAAAUUACUGACAGUACUUCAGAUCCAUCUGAUGUGAAAAUUUGUGAAGAAAAUGGAAGCUGCGAUAGUCCUGAUAUUGAAGAGAUAACAGAUAGUGCGAAGAAUGGUCAUAAUUCUUCGUCGGAGCGUGUCAAUAAAGAUCCGACAAAACCAAGAAAGCAAAGAAAACAAGUAGACCUUAGUAGUAUUACGCCAAGGAGAAGUUCUCGUAAUAUAAAGAGGACAAGUUACAUAGAAAAGGAAAUAGAAGAGGAAGUAGAAGACGAUGGCUCUGACAUAGAAGAAAUUAAGCUAGAAGAUCCUUUGGCUGGUGUUGACAGUAAGGAUAAAGAGAAUUCUAAACUGAAAUCACCAGUCAAAAAUAGUAAAACUACUAUUGUAGUUAAUGAUACUAAACGUUUGGUAGAAAUCGCGGCUGGUAGUAAAUCUGUGAAAGGAGGGAAAAAAGAACCCACCUUAGUUAUUAUAGACACAAAUUCUAUACUUUCUGGGCGUGGUGGUGUUCCUGUAAGUAACAGUAAACCUCAUCAUACUGUCUCCAGUUCUAGCUCUUUUUCGGUAGUUCCAAUGGGUAUGCCAACACAAACAAUGUAUCCCAAUAUGAGAACAACUAUUACACCAGUACCCAUGACAUCAAAAACUGCACAGUUAAGUCCUAAAACGAGCAGUAUAACUACAGUACCAUCUACAGUACCUCCUAUAUUACCUACUUUAACUGAUGAUAUGUUUGUGGUAGAGGCACCAUCUUUUAUAGUACCAUAUGUGUAUGAAAAACCACCUCUAAAACCAUUAAAAGAUUUUGUCACAAAACUAGAGCUAUGUUUAGAGGAGAAAGAGAAAGAAGAGAAGGAAGAAAAGAGCAAACAAAAUAUAGAAGAAAAUAAAGGAGAAGAAUGCAACGAAGACUCGUCGGAUUCGAGUCAGAAGAAUAAGGAUAAAGGCGAGGAGAGUGAUAAUGAAGGAAGUUCUAAAGGGAAGAAAGAUGGAGAAGAUAGAGGUGACAAUUCAGCAGAUGUAACUGAACCUGGAUUUAGUAAUGUAAGUGAUAAACACGAUGUAAGGCAAGAGGAUAGGAAUAAAGUACUAACUUACUUUGACCUCCCAUUGGGAAAAUUUUUCAUGCAAAUUGGAGUGAAUCUUGUUCAAGAAUAUGUGCAAACUGAUCUUUUACGGACUCAAAAGCGUAAACAGGGCAAAGGUAGCACAUCAGCUGAAACUCAAUUAGCUAUAAAUUCACUCAUCAAGAAUUUAGAAUUUAGUAAAGAAAAUAACGAACCAUUCCAUUUAGAACUGAAGAAAUGUGAAUUCUGUAAUUUUAAAACAGAGUCAACCUUAGUCAUGCAGCAUCAUUUAGAAACUCCACAUAUGCGCAACUAUGUCUACAAAUGUAACUUUUGUCCGAUCGAAGUACGUAGUCCUCACGAUAUCUUAUUUCAUAUGGAAGCGGAACAUAAUACUCGUGGAAGGUUGGAACGUGGUCCAGCUUUUCAUCAGUGCCCUAAUUGCCCAUUCGAAGAUAACCAAAAAGGCAAAUUAACUCGGCAUAUACUUGCUUGUACUAAGAAAUUCAGACCAGAAAAGAAUUUAGAACCAGCUGCUGAUUGGGAACCUCCAGCAAAGAUUCCUAGACUAAAUCGAGCAAGACCUGGACCAACUAAUCCUAACGCACUUGCCAUGGCAAUGGGUGGUAAAGGACCACAACCGCUUUUACCAAAAUUACUACCUGCUCCUAUCACGGGUCGUGGAAGAGGACGGCCACCUAUGCAACCAAGGUACUCAGAUUUGAAAACGUUGCGACCGGGCGGUACGACAAUGCGGCAAGAUAAUGUUGCAGGAAUGAUGUAUCGUCCAACAUCUUCUGGUUUAUUGGUCCCUACUUCAUACCAGUUUGGUAGUAACCAAAUAUUUCAGGUGGUGGGUGGCUCUGGGACUGUCAUGUCGGCUGUCUCGGGAGUGAGUAGCAGUAGCGGCGGCAGUUCCGGUCAACCCACACCCAUUGCACUUGUACCCAACGUAAUCGACUCUCUCUCUAGGUUGUCCUCGUCACAGAAUACAACAACCAGUACGAAAAAUCCUACAGCAAAGUUGUUGAGUCAACCAAGUAUAUCUAUAACUCCGCUACCGCGUACAACAUCUCAAACCUCUAUUCCUGGUUCUGGAACUUCAUCAAAGGCGGGCGGGAAAACUACAUUUGUUAUAUGUGAGAUCUGCGACGGUUAUAUUAAGGAUCUAGAACAACUACGUAAUCACAUGCAAUGGAUCCAUAAAGUAAAAAUACAUCCAAAGAUGAUUUAUAAUAGACCUCCAUUAAACUGCCAAAAAUGUCAGUUUCGGUUUUUCACAGAUCAGGGUCUUGAAAGACAUUUACUUGGGUCACAUGGGUUGGUUACAUCCAGUAUGCAAGAAGCAGCAAAUAAAGGGAAAGAUGCUGGUCGCUGUCCCGCUUGUGGCAGGGUAUAUCAAUGGAAAUUACUAAAUCAUGUCGCGCGAGAUCACGGAAUGACACUAAAACCUGCGCAUCUAUCUUAUAAAUGUACAGUUUGCACUGCCACGUUUGGAAUGUAUAAGCAGUUUGAAAACCAUGUUUAUUCGGCACAUAGUGUCGUAGCUAAAAGAGUAAUGGAUAAGAAGAAUACACCUUCAUCUCCAUCGUCCAGAUCCAACGACUCCCUUUUAAAACCACUGAAGAUCAAUGAUGAAAUUACGAUUAUUCCACAACCAGCAAAACCUACAACCAGGUCGGGUGCAUCUCAAGGCAGAGGAAAAUAGCAAUGAUCAGCAGAGUGAUACAUGUGUCUUGUCUUACUGAAUUUUACGUAACUUUGUGGUACUCCAUACCGGUCAUUGUAGUACACAGUGACUUGACGUGCCGUGUACAUGUGUAUGCAUAUUAUGCUUAAGACGCAAUUACAAACACAUAAACCUACAACUCUUGGCAAAAACUAGUUGAUUGCGUAAUAAUAUUCCAUCAAUGAUUAUACCGAUAUAUUUAUUUAAGAAUUUUUAUUGUUGUUAUCGGACAUACAUAAAAUAGACUGUAAAAUAUUAAAGGGUGGCCUUCAGUCUAAUUCCUUGGUUAAUCCUAGAGCUGCAUACUCCUGACCUACACGCCUAUGAAACCUAUAAAUACUAAGUGUAUUUACAUUUUAUGCGACACUCGCAGGUCAUAUUGCGGAUCACUCUUACAUAGCAAAUUCACUAUAAUAUAAAAUUCUUUUUCUAAGACAAAUAUAUUUGAAUUAAUUCUAUUUUGUUAUUAACGCUAAUACAAUUACGUAGGGCAAUGAACGAUAAAUUGUCCUGACUCUACAUAUUCGAUACGUUUACGCAUCAUGUUGCGAAACAAUUUCUGAUUGAUAUACGAAGUAACAAAUUGUACUAAUUAACCAGAGUGCCCUAGACUGUCCCGCGAUAUCUGUUGGUGCUCUACCAAUAGUUUCGCCUCAAAGUUUUUCUAUCAUGUACACUUUUUUUUUUAAUUUCGCCAUCGUAUUUUUAAGCGACGAAUGUGAAACCUUAUAAUUCGCUGCUUAAUUUGUAAACGUUUCGUAAAGUUGCGUGUAUGAAAUAAGUUUUAACGUCAAAGACCUUUAAAGUUGUAAAUUGUAUCUAUUGCUAUAAGUUGAAAUCUUUGGUCACAAGUAUUGUAAUAAAACAUUCAGUUUUAUUUUUGCGCUUUUAUAAGAACAAAAAUGUACAUUAACAUAGAAUAUAAUAUAAACGAUUAUAUCAAUAAAAUAGGAUGGCACACAUAAUGUGUAUACAUUUUUUCUGUUAAAACAAUAAAAUUUGUCAUGGAGCAUUGAACUUAUUAGCACACAUCGCGACAUAUAUGCAUGUUAUGUAUGUGUAUAUAUAAUAUAUAACAAAAUAUUAUAUAUACAAAUACAUAAAAUUAUUCUAGUAUAGUGAUAGCGUGAUAUAAGAAGAGACAAUUACUUAUCUUCUUGUAUGCACUCUGGAUUGAUAAUAGGCUUAUACUGAUAUGUAGAUAGUUGAAAAAAGUAACAGGUUUAAUUUAAUAAUUUCGAUUCAUUCUUGAUAAGUUUUGUACGUUAUUGUAGAACAUAAUUUUAGAGAAAAAAAUGCAUUAAAUGAAGAAAAUAACAUGGUGCGUUUUUGCACUAUAUGGCUGUAUUAUUUCAUUCUACCACUUGCC